AUGUACUGUACAUUGGAAAGGCAGCAUGAACAUGACUUAUCAUUAAAUUGUUUGGAACAAAAUAAUUAUAAUAAAAAUAAGUGUCAAUUGCAUUUUGAAAAUUAUAUUAAUUGCAAAAAAUUCUGGAGUUUGGUUGUAUCAGAUAGGAAAAAGAAAGGAAUGAAGCCAUACCUUCCAUCAGUGCAGGAUAGAGGAAAAAUUAAAGAAGAGUAUAAACAAUGUUUUUCAUACGUGAAGAAGAAAAAAACUGGAUUAACUUUUUAUUAUCCCCCUGAGAAAGUUGACAUUGUCAUAAAAAAACUGGAACUGCUGAAGAUGUUAUGUGGACAUUGACCUUGUAAAUGAAUGCCCACGUCUAAAUUUUUAUGAGUAUUCAGUAAUAAAAAUCAAAGGAAACAGAUGUUCACAAGUUUCCGAUUUGAUUCAUUUUUUAAGGA